AUGGUUGAAAAUGCACACAAUGACAAUGAUGGGAUGCAGUGCAACCGCAUUGUUACCUCUUCUCGACUGCUUCACCAUGCGGUCCCAUCACGAUGGAUAAGGUCCGAUCGGCCAUUCUAUUGUUUCAGGAGCAAAUCAUUCCAAGGGUUUUCCACCCGCCGUUCGUUUUCAUCCUCGAAGAAAACAAAGCAGGAACCGCCAAAACUUUCAAGACGAGGAAAGGUUGACCUGUUUCUGAUUAUCACGGUUGCUUUGGGGUCGUGGCUAUAUUUACGGGAUAGUGACUGGGAUCGGGAUGCCUGGAAUGAAAAGGAAAAGCUGUUGGAUAUAGCACUGCUGAGAGAAAAGGAGAAGAAUACUACGAAAAGUGCUACUCAAGAAUCCCACGAUAGGUUGCCGAUGCCCUUGCGAAAGUACCUUGACACGGCGAUGGCAAAUGUUCCAGGAACAACUCCCAAUGAUUCCAAGUCUGUCCAAAAGAGAGCCCGAGUUGUUUCAGUGGAUCAGACGGGAAUGUUCUUUGCAUCGCAACAAUGGUACCCCUUUCGAUCGAAUCUUCUCACUAAGACAGUAUUCCAUCAAGAUGAUUUCCCUGGAUUCGUUUGGGAAGCUUCCGUCACAAUCAUGGGGAUGCCCAACAAAGUACUCGAAACUUAUAGCAAUGGUCAAGGGGGCAUCAUUACAAAAGCUUGGGGAAAGGUACCAUUGAUUCAAGUCGAAGAAGAGGAACCUUACAUUCUCUUUUGGCUGGCCAUGGCACCUCUGAUACCAUCAACCUUUGAUCCCAAUAGCGAGAGCCCGGAACAAUCAGAAACCAGUCAGCCACUGAUUACCUGGAACUCCGUACAAGAUCUCACCACCUGCUCUGGAACCAUGGUUGAUAGGGCCACGAAUGAACGAUUUGAAAUGGAGCUGCAAUUUGAUCCAACGACGUACCUGCUGCAGAGCAUCAGGGUGACAUCACCAUGUUUACCACAUCCUUGGCAAGUUCAGUACAGCAACUAUCAAGUAUUGCGUGGAAACGAUGAGGAUCCAAGGAGCGGCGUCUUGGUGCCAUGCGAAAUCGAGGUUGGCAAAUGGAAGCCUGAUGACGGUCAUUUGGAUUUGCACCUCAAGAUCACAAAUCAGCAUAUGCAAGACAUUCCACUGCACGACAAAGCAAAUGGACCAUGA